AUGACAGUGUUUCGCAGACUUCUACGCAGGCGUUUGCAACUAUGGAAACUUGCCAUUGUGGCUUUAGUUUUCAUGACAUUUUUGUUUCUGAUGCAGAAGGAGGUGAUUAGCCAGAGCCCACUGGAGGAGCCAUGGCUAAAAGAGAUUGUGGGUAAACGGAAUGCCAUGCUGAACAUGGUAAUGGGGGCGGUAAAUAACUUUAAGGAUGCCAUGCCAAAGAUGCAGAUCCGUGCCCCAGUGAGGCAGAAGGAGAGCAGCAGUAGCCAGCCCUGUCUGUCUGGCUAUUACACAGCAGCAGAGCUAAGGCCUGCACUGGAGCGACCUCCACAAAAUCCCAGUACUCCCGGUGCUGCAGGGAAACCCUUCCACACAGACAACCUCAGCCCAGAUCAACAGAAGGAAAAGGAAAAAGGAGAGGAGAAACACUGCUUUAACUUGUAUGCUAGUGAUCGCAUCUCGCUCAGUCGGGAUCUUGGCCCUGAUACGAGACCGCCAGAAUGCAUAGAGCAGACAUUCCGGCGCUGCCCACCCUUGCCGACCACGAGCGUGAUCAUCGUGUUCCAUAACGAGGCGUGGAGCACGUUGCUGCGGACAGUCUACAGCGUUCUCCACACCUCUCCUGCCCUACUUCUCAAGGAGAUCAUUCUAGUUGAUGAUGCCAGCGCAGACGAAUGGCUGAAGGAGGAACUGGAUAUAUAUCUAAAGCAGCUGCACAUUGUGCGUGUAAUACGUCAGGUUGAAAGGAAAGGUCUCAUUACUGCACGCUUGCUGGGAGCCUCAGUAGCCACUGGAGAUACCCUCACCUUCCUUGACGCCCACUGCGAAUGCUUUAAUGGCUGGCUUGAGCCGCUGCUGGCCCGGAUAGCUGAGAACUACACAGCAGUGGUGAGUCCAGACAUCACCACCAUCGAUCUGAACACGUUUGAGUUCAUGAAACCCUCACCAUAUGGACAAAACCAUAAUCGAGGAAACUUUGACUGGAGUCUGUCCUUUGGCUGGGAGGGUUUGCCUGAGCAUGAGAAAAAACGACGUAAAGAUGAAACCUACCCUAUCAGAACACCAGCAUUUGCUGGAGGUCUAUUUUCAGUCUCUAAAGAUUAUUUUUAUCACAUUGGGAGCUAUGAUGAAGAGAUGGAGAUUUGGGGAGGAGAAAACAUUGAAAUGUCAUUCAGGGUGUGGCUAUGUGGAGGGCAGUUAGAGAUCAUCCCAUGCUCCAUUGUGGGUCAUGUGUUCCGCACUAAGAGCCCUCACACCUUCCCCAAGGGCACGCAGGUAAUCGCGCGCAACCAGGUGCGACUGGCGGAGGUGUGGAUGGACGACUACAAGGAGAUUUUCUACCACAGGAACCUGCAAGCUGCUCAGAUGGCUAAAGAGAGAUCGUUUGGGGACAUCAGCAAACGCUUGGAGCUCCGUGAGGGGCUACAUUGUAAAAACUUCUCGUGGUAUUUGCAAAACAUAUACCCAGAGGUCUUCAUGCCUGAUGUGAAUCCUGUGCAUUUUGGUGAGCUCAAGAAUAUAGGGAAGGACAUGUGCCUGGAUGCUGGCGAGAACAAUGAUGGAGGCAAGCCACUAAUAAUGUACCCAUGCCAUGGCAUGGGAGGCAACCAGUACUUUGAGUAUUCAUCACACCAGGAAAUCAGACACAACUUUCAGAAGGAGCUUUGUGUGCAUGCAAGUUCUGGGCCUGUAAAACUAGAGGAAUGUCAAUAUAAAGGGCACAACACCUUCACUGGACCUGAACAGAAAUGGGAGAUACAGGAGGAUCAGCUGUUGUAUAACUCCGACUGUAAGAUGUGUCUCAGCGCUCGUUAUGAAAGCCCCUCUCUGGUCUCCUGCAACCCAGCGGACAUAUACCAGCAUUGGACAUUUAACUGAAAGACUGUGCUCAUGACUUGCACUCUGUGUCACUGAACUUCUGAACAAGAGAAUUUUUAAUUUAUUUUUGUAUGUGAAAAUACUGCUGCUGGAUUUUAAUGUUUAAGGUAUGCAUACAAAACGUGUAUUUAUACAGCGAUACAGUGAAGCACAAAGUGAAGUGAUGACUUCUGAAUUCUGAAUCUGAUUCUCAAACCUUUAGCUUCUCCUAAUUAAAAAGGGCUGCAACCACUAUCUAAGUGUAAAUUUCCAAGAAGGACAGAGGCUUUUAAUUUUUUUAAAAGUUUUUUUUUUAAUUUAAUCUAAA